AUGCAUGGGCCCCGGGUGUGCAUACUGGGAGGGGGCUUUGGCGGCCUGUACACAGCGCUGCGGCUGGACAGCCUGCUGUGGCCACAGGGCAGCAAGCCACAAGUGACGCUCAUCGACCGCAGUUCCCGCUUUGUAUUCAAGCCGCUGCUAUAUGAGCUGCUCAAUGGGGGCGCCACUCAAGAUGAGGUGGCGCCUCCCUUCAGCCAGCUGCUGGCCCCCUACUCCAUCAACUUUAUCCAGGUCUUUACUGUCCCUCUUCAGACUGCUUCAUUGAGGCAGGCUGUCAAGGCACGGGGUCCUGGCGCAGGUGGGCGAGUGAUGCUGGAGAACGGCUCAGCUGUGGAGUAUGAUUGGCUGGUCUUGGCAUUGGGAUCAGACUCUGUCUUUUUCGGCAUUGAGGGUGUCAAGGAGCUCUGCCUCCCCUUCAACACCUACAGCGAUGCCAUGCGGGUAAGCGUACGGCUGCGAAUGUUGGAACAACUGCCGGGCGUGGCAGAUGUAGUAGUGGUGGGAGGCGGAUACUGCGGCAUUGAGCUUGCAACUACAGUGGCUGAGCGGAUGCAGGGCAGCGGCCGCGUGCACUUGAUCACUGGAGGGGAGGACAUUUUGGAGAGCAGCCCGCUGGGUCAGAGGGAGGCUGCCAGGCGCACGCUGCAGGAUCAGGGGAUUGACAUCAUUGCCAACGCGUUCCUGCCCUUCCCGGCCAACAACAAGGGCGCGGUGCGGACGGACGCGACGCUGCGAGUGGUGGAUCACCCCAGGGUUUUUGCCCUGGGCGAUGUGUCCGGCUGUGACUGUGAGGCCUCCACUUCUGCGCCCACCCUUGCACCCACAGCCCAGGCACCGCAGGUGGCGUUUCAGCAGGCGGACUAUGUGGCCUGGAACCUGUGGGCCUCCAUCAACCGCCGCCCCCUGCUGCCUUUCAAGUAUCAGCACCUGGGGGAGAUGAUGUCGCUCGGCCGCGCGCGUGGUGCUGUAACGUUGCCGGUGCCGCUGGCUCCCCCGCUGCGCCAGGCCCUCAAUGGCGGCGGGGUAACAGUGGAAGGGCCGUUGGCAGGAGCCAUGCGCAGGGCGGCGUACCUGUACCGGCAGCCCACGGCAGAGCAGCGGAUGGCAGUGGGAGCCAGCUGGCUGCAGCAGGCGGCCACAGAAGGCGCCUCCUUGGCUCAGCGCAUGCUGGCAGGGCGGCCUACCAGAAGUCCUCCAGGCUCGAGCAGAUAA